AUGCGACUGCAUGGAGCAACUGGAGCACCUGCUCUAGUUUCGGGUGGCCACCUUGCGGCCACAUGUCACAUCCCUCGAGAACUCGAUGAUUUUCUCCUUUUAUGGUUGAAGAUCGAUGAUUUGAAUUCUCCCAUAACUAUAUACAAGUCCAUGGCAUUUGCUCAUUCUCUUGAUUGGUGUAUUUAUCUGACAGUAUUAUUGUUGUGCCAAAUUUUUAUCUUGCAUCUUUUAUCAUAUGUUGCAGCCUCCAUGGCAAGGAAAAUAUAUUUGAGGGGUGGUAUUGGUGUGGGUGCCUUUCGGAGAAUUUAUGGUGGGAGCAAGAGGAAUGGAAGUCGCCCUCCCCAUUUCUGCAAAAGCAGUGGAUCUGUUGCUCGUCACAUUCUUCAACAGUUGCAGGAGAUGAGCAUCAUUGAGAUGGAUCCAAGAGGUGGGAGAAUGAUCACAUCCAGUGGCCGACGGGACCUGGACCAAGUAGCCGGACGAAUUGCAGUUGUUGCAUCUUGAUAGAUUAAUUAAUUAUGUAUUGAAGAGUGUCCUUUGAGUAAUCUUAAACAAUUUUUGUUUGCCAACCAUGUGAGCUUUGUCAUGAUGUUUCUGACUUCAAAGUUCUCGACUAUUGAAAUUCUACCUUUUGUAGUUUUAUAUUUAGCUCAUUUGUGUGUCGAGUUGGUAUUACAUAAUUUAUGGUUGUUCGAUAUUCCAGUUCUUAUUAUC